AUGGCGUUCGCCGGUCUAAGGAAACAAAUCAACAAAGCUAAUCAGUAUGUCAGCGAAAAGAUCGGAGGUGCGGAAGGCACGAAGCUUACCGAGGAUUACACUCUCAUGGAGAAGAAAGUUGACCUCACCAAUGAGCUGGUGGAACAGUUGAUAACUCAGACCAAAGAGUUGCUUCAGCCCAAUCCCGCAACGCGGGCGAAGCUAACAGUGAACGCAAGGCUUAGAGGUCCAACAGCAUCAGCUGGGUCCGCUUCACACGCAUAUCCUCAACCAGAAGGAAUUCUCGGAGACACCAUGGUCAAACUCGGAACCGAACUCGGUCCGGAGUCCGCUUUCGGCCGGAGUCUCAUCGAAACAGGCGAAUCUCUUCGGCAGCUGGCAGACAUAAAAUAUUCGUUGGAGGAUAAUGUGAAACAAAAUUUCUUGGAGCCCCUCACGCAGCUUCAGCAGAAGGAUCUCAAGGACGUUAUGUUUCAUCGCAAGAAACUUCAAGGACGAAGGCUAGACUAUGAUUGCAAGAAGCGAAAAAGAACUACUGGGGGUCACGUUACCGACGAAGAGAUGCGAACUGCCGGAGAGAAAUUCGAAGAGAGUUUCAACCUCGCCUCACAGGGAAUGUUCAACCUUAUGGAGAACGAUGUGGAGCAACUAUCCCAGCUGUGUGCACUGAUGGAAGCUUUCAGCGAGUAUCAUCAACAAUGCGCGGAGACACUGGCGCAACUCACUGACAAACUCCAAGACUUGCGACACGAAGCUUCUGCUAGGCCAAAAGGUUCUUUCGAACCAAAGAAGCUUUCCGAGCUCGACCUGCAGCCUCUUGAUUCAGGUCGCUCACCGCUUCCUUCGCCAGGAGGCACUACUCCCAGCCAGCAGGGCAACAUGUACCUCGGCAAUUUCAACCAGCAAAACAGGAAUGCCCGAUCACCUAACGCUUCUCCGAUGCCGUCACCGCUUAGAUCUCCUGCCGCCCCGACUCCAACAGCGCAGAAGAAACCUAGUUGUCAAGCCUUGUAUGACUUUAGCGCCGAGAAUCCAGGCGAGCUCGAGUUCAAGGAAGGAGAUAAAAUCGAAUUGAUCCGUCAAAUCGACGCAAAUUGGUUCGAGGGCUCCGUUAACGGGAAGUCAGGACUCUUCCCGGUGAAUUACGUCGAAGUCCUCGUACCGUUCCCGUAAACAGGAAUAACGUAAUUGUGGAACCGCUCCCCUACGGGGAACACCUUAAUUUCCGACUGCUGCCGGUCCGCUAUUCGGCUUACGAUUCAGAACUCAGAGAAUAUCGUUCCGAUAAAAGUCAAGCGAUGAGGACCUUCAUCGAGGGAAACUCUGAAAACCGAUUCAGUUUUGCUGCUCAGCAAGAGCUCGGUGGACUCUAUCAGCGAACUCAUCGAGUGCGUUUGCCUGCUGCCUUCCUGAAGGUUCCGCAGAUUUAUGCCUCCUCCUUAUCCAGGCGUGCAUCUUGAUUUUACUUACACUUCACGAGAAAUAUCAAGAACACACUAUCCGUAGUGUGGCAAUUGAGCGCUUUCAUCAAGAGAAUAUACCUACUAACGAUCAAUAUACGAUUUCUUCAAAUCGAGAGGAACUUAUUACAAGAAAGGAACUCAACAGAUCACGAGGGGGAAACUCCCGAGGAAAAUAAAGAUCCCCCGAUUACCAAGUUAGGCCAGCCAGACUGUGUAGCGCAUUCUCGCGCGUGCUGACGCACGUUCAGCUCCUGCGGUGUCAGCCCCGACUUUGGGGCUUGCUGCCUUCUCUAGAAACCUAUAGUACCUACACUAUAAGCAUCGAGAGCGCUUGUCUUCUCAACGCAUUCAAAGGAUA